AUGCAAAUAGUAAAAAAUUUUGUUAUCCUAAAACCAACAAUCAGUUACAAAAAUAGUCAACAACUGCUGCUAAGGCCUUCUCAACUUCACUCCUUGCUACAACAAUAUGAGAUCAACACAGCCAAGCAACAGCCCAUUCUGACAGCACUCCCAAACCAGCAACACACUACUAAGCACAGAAUGCAACAUAACAAUCACAUGAGCAUUAUUCCAGCAUCUCUGCUUUACAAGGAAUUGGCUUUAAUCCUUCAAAGGAACUAA